UCAAAAUUUAUCAGGAGUAUGCUGCAUUCAGAAAAGGCUAGAAAAAUGCAGAAUAACACGAUGAAACAAUGGGUUUUUCAAGAAGAAAGUGUUUUAUGAACAAGUUGAUCAGUGCUGACUUAAGUGUUGGUGUGGAUAUUACGUGGUGUGUGACAAAAUUGAUGUUUGUGAGGGGUGGAGUACAGUGCUGAUGUGUGAAGCUUGAAACCAGGAACUGGCUGGUUCUGUGAGGACUUACACACAAAAAUACACAUUAGAAUGUCUUGUUGCAAUACUUGAUGAUCUCCGGUUCUGAUAUAAUCGCGGCUAGCAUCAUGUCGAGCGCGGCGUCGUCGGGCGGCGCCCCCGGCGGCUCGGCCGUGGCGCUCGGCGGGCUCGGCGGCUCCCUCGAGGAGAAGGACUGCGACCUGCUGUGCCCGGUGUGCUUCGAGCUGAUCGAGGAGGCGUACGUGACGCGCUGCGGGCACUCGUUCUGCUUCGCGUGCGUGGGCAAGGCCGUGGAGCUGCACCGCCGCUGCCCCAAGUGCGGCGCCGCGCUCGCCUCGCGCGACCACAUCUUCCCCAACUUCUUGCUGAACGAGCUGGUGAGUGCUGGAGCCCUAGUGACGCGCUGCGGACACUCGCUUGCUCACAAGGCGGGGAGCUGCACCGCCGCUGCCCCAAGUGCGGCGCCGCGCUCGCCUCGCGCGACCACAUCUUCCCCAACUUCCUGCUGA